CCCUCAGAGCUCACCUGAAGAAAGGUGUGCGACAGUUGAGGCUAAAGUGAAUCUGACCAUAAUUUAGGGUAGUUAAAAGAACAGAGCGGUUGAAAUGGAACCGUAUGAUGUUAUUGUUAAUCAGCCGGUUGUUAUAGACAAUGGUUCCGGAGUGAUUAAAGCUGGAUUCGCCGGUGGCCAAGUUCCAAAAUGCAGAUUCCCAAAUUACAUUGGGAGGCCCAAGCAUGUUCGAGUUAUGGCAGGAGCCUUGGAAGGGGAUCUUUUUGUUGGCCCCAUUGCCGAAGAGCACAGAGGGUUGUUGUCGCUGAGCUAUCCAAUGGAACACGGCAUAGUAACGGAUUGGAACGACAUGGAGAGGAUCUGGUCAUACGUAUAUAGUAAAGACCAGCUGGCGACAUUUAGCGAAGAGCAUCCCGUUCUCCUAACAGAAGCACCAUUGAACCCGCGAAAGAACAGAGAAAAGGCUGCCGAGAUAUUCUUCGAAACAUUCAACGUCCCAGCUUUAUUCGUCUCUAUGCAAGCUGUACUUAGUUUAUACGCCACCGGAAGGACAACCGGUGUCGUUUUAGACGCGGGUGAUGGAGUUACUCAUGCAGUUCCAAUAUAUGAAGGAUUCGCAAUGCCGCACAGUAUAAUGAGGGUUGACAUAGCUGGUAGAGACGUUAGCAGGUAUCUUAGAUUACUCCUGCGCAAAGAAGGCAUUAAUUUUAAGACUACAGCAGAGUUUGAGAUUGUUAGAACUAUCAAAGAAAGGGCUUGCUAUCUUGCGAGUAAUCCACAAAAAGAGGAGACCGUUGAGACCGAAAAAUUCCAGUACACUUUACCAGAUGGAAGUAAUCUUGAGAUCGGACCAGCUAGGUUUAGAGCUCCUGAAGUUCUUUUUAGACCGGAUCUUGUGGGCGAGGAAUGUGAAGGGCUCCAUGAAGUGCUAAUGUAUUCAAUCCAAAAGUCAGAUUUAGACUUGAGGAAGGUUCUUUAUCAAAAUAUUGUACUGUCCGGAGGAUCAACACUUUUCCGAGGAUUUGGUGAUAGGUUACUUUCGGAAAUUCGUAAAUUGUCAACAAAGGAUAUCAAGAUCAGGAUAUCAGCGCCUCAGGAACGAUUGUACAGCACCUGGAUCGGAGGAUCAAUUUUAGCUUCUUUGGACACUUUUAAGAAGAUGUGGGUGAGCAAGAGGGAAUAUGACGAAGAAGGGAGUAGAGCAAUUCACCGUAAAACUUUUUGAGCCCUAUUAUGAAUUAAUAAUUAUGCAUACGAAAUAUAGAUAUUGUAUAAGCAUACAACAAUGCUCGGGCACAUUCAUUACGCACUGCAAUAACCAACUAAUAACAAAUGCUACUUUAACUUUGAUUUUAAGACUUCACUCCUUAUCUAACCAUUUGAAGAAUGUGGCGCAAUUAGG